GAAGUCACAGAAGUAUUAGAAGACCAUGUGGUUUUAUGUGGCGGCCUUGCUGGGGUUCUAUUACUUGUUCCGUUGGUACCGUGAAAAACAGAUUUUCCCAAACCUGACAGAGAAAUAUGUCUUCAUAACUGGCUGUGACUCUGGAUUUGGCAAUCUUCUGGCUCAGCAGUUGGAUGCAAAAGGCCUUCGUGUCUUGGCAGGUUGUCUGACCCAGCAGGGUGCAGAGAAGCUGAAAGAAGCGACGUCAGAACGGUUGCAGACCAUCCUCAUAGAUGUCAACAACACAGAAAAUCUGGACAAAGUAACGGAAUGGGUGAAAAGCCAAGUGGGAGACAAAGGACUUUGGGGAUUGGUAAACAAUGCCGGUAUUUCUAUCCCGACUGCCCCAAACGAGUGGCUAACCAAGGAGGAUUUCAAGAAAAUCAUAGAUGUCAAUCUACUUGGGUUGAUUGACGUGACCUUACACAUGAUACCAUUGUUGAGAAAAGCCAAAGGACGUAUUGUCAACAUUGCCAGCGUAAUGGGCCGAUUAAGUAUUUUUGGGGGAGGCUACUGUCCUUCAAAAUAUGGGGUGGAAUCUUUCUCUGAUAGUCUCAGGUAAGUGCAAUUUUCUGUUAACAGUAUUGGCAAAAAUUCAAAUCUUUCUGGGACAGUGGAGUAAAUUCUUUCAUAAAACAGGUGUAUUUCAGAAUAUAAAAGCGAUUGUCACAGUAAUAACAACAGUAUUAGUUUACAGAAGUGUUGCAGGAUACAACACUAGUGUAACUGCAGACUGAUCAAUUUUCUCAUUUAGCACCAAAGUUAAAUACAGUAUCUGCAAUCCAAAUCUGGACCAUGCUUUUAUAAGUACCAACAUUCCAAAUUGCUGAGCAAACUUUUACAUUCCAAUCAGGGAUUUUGACUCCCCACCCUUCUAACACAUCAUGCAUGACCCAAUUGGUUAAUUAAAAAAACAUUACAGUAAGAGAAAAAUUGAUACAUAAACAGGUAAUUGAUAAUUAUUAAUUAACAGGAAUAUUUUGCCAUCACUAUUGAAAUUCCUCUGCUGAAAGUAACAGAGAGUGACUCAUGGAUGUUUGGCUCAGGCUGAAGGAAGAAAAAGAUUAUGAGUUUUGAACUGUAAUGCGACACAAAAUUAAAUUGAGCUAAACCUUUUCAAGUGCAGGUAGACUGACCUCUCCUUUAAAAGAAAUGAUGGUUAGAUCCAGGUGUAUGAGAGAGACAUAACAAACAUAAAACAAUGUAAAACUUACUGGCUAAAAAGCAAAGUGGAAUAUAGGUAGAGCCCCUUGACUUAUGAGUCAUGACCUGUUGCUUACCACCCGUUCAAAAUUAUGGUGGACCUUUCCAAGACUACUCACAACCUGGAUUUGAAGUUCUGAUAGUGU